ACCAUAAGAGACCAGCUCUACAACACUCAUUAUCGGCUCAGGAAAAGUGAUGUGCCACUGAGUUGCUGUAUACCAACAGGUUAAUAAUAGGCAGAAGUGAACAGUGGACACACAGACGUACCUGGGGGACAUCAACAGUGACAACCGAUUCCAUACCACAGUGAUUAUCAGACUAAGGGUCUAAGCUCCAGUGAUGGUGAGUGUGGCUAGACUAGUGUUUAUGUUGGGGUUGCUGCUGUGUCUGGGAGCCCAGCUGUCUUCCUCCCAGCACUGGUCCCAUGGCUGGUACCCUGGAGGCAAGAGGGAGCUGGACUCAUUUACCACCUCUGAGAUUUCAGAGGAGAUUAAACUCUGUGAGGCAGGAGAAUGCAGCUACCUGAGACCCCAGCGAAGGAACAUCCUUAAAAACAUUAUUUUGGAUGUCCUGGCCAGAGAAUUUCAGAAGAGAAAAUAACCUUAGGCAACCUAUCAACCGUGGCUGAUUUAAAUCCUCCCUUGUCUCUGUCUGUUUCCUUCAUGACCUCUAACCUCAUGUGAUUUGGUCCAAUGUUGUGGUUUAUCCACUUUGAUAAUCAUAUAGCAUCACCCUUUACCAUUGCAUCCUUUUCCUGUCCCUUUUUGAUGCUGUAGACUAUCAAUUACAGAUGUAACAUCAUGCACAUGCCAUUUCCUUUAAUAAAGUAUCUAUUUUGUUAUUAA